AUGCUGAACACACUACUGCUAAGCUGGGUCAUGCUGCAGGGUCUACAGACCAUUCAGACUAUUGAGCCCGGACAGGAACACCUGGACAGCAUCAGAAGGGCCAGUUACUCGGGCCUCCUGCGCACAGUCCCUGUGGCCCCACCAAGACUUCCAGAUGCUGUCCUGAGGCCGGAGCUGGAGCGGAUGGCAGCAGAGCUGGCAAAUGAAGAACUGAUGCAGGAAGGCGGAAUCUUGACACCGGGGGCGCUGGACCUACAGGGCCGAGAGGAGCGAUCUCCCCGUCGGUGUGUCCGCCUACUCGAGUCCUGCCUGGGCCACCAGCUCCCCUGUUGCGACCCCUGCGCCACUUGCUACUGUCGCUUCUUCAACGCCUUCUGCUACUGCCGGAAGAUCAGCGCCACCUACCCCUGCAGCCGCAAUUAA